AUGUCAACAUCUAACAGUAGCAUUCAAUGGCCGCACGUUCCAGGCGAUAAACGCCCAUUUUUCGGUCCAGAUCUGGUCCUUCAGGCACCUACGCCCUGGGCGGAUCCAUGGGAGCAAACUGACACCAACUCUCGCAAGCGACGCCGCGAUGAAGAUGAACAAGCAGCCACUCCACCACAGAUUGAGCCCGAGCCCUUGUUCAAACACCCUCACUUUACUUAUGCAUCAUAUCUUGCCGAACAAUCCCACCUUGCCCGCAAAGUCCGCGUAACACCCGCACUUCUUGCAAGCCAGAACUCUCAGCACUUUCGAAUUUCUGAAACCGGUGAUCAUUUCACAUCGUGGUUGUCAGAGAACCUGUACUGGCUCUGGGAAGAGUAUGUGGUUAGAGGAGUACACUGGCGACGCGCAAAGGAGACUGUUAGCAGCAAAGAAGUAGCAAGGCAUUGCAAGCAUGUUGACGCUGCACAGAGAGUAAAGCUCAUUUGGCUUAAGCAAGAUGCGCAAAGGAGAGCUUUGCCUGAGAACAACAACGAUGACGACGACGAUAAUGAUGACGAUCCAUCCGACUCGGGCGGCAAUAGUCAUAACGAAUCGUUCAAUCCGCAUGACGACAGCGGCAAUGAUAGCUCAAACGACUCGGGCUCUAACCACUACAAUGCACCACCAGCCCAAAUGCCCGUCCCACAGGUUCUUCCGCCACACCUUAUAUCAAGAGCUGUUCCAAGGCCUGCAAGAUCAACGAGACGUUCGACUGGUCCGCCCGGUGAAAGGCCAGUUGGACAGCCCAGCACUUAUUUGGGUGAACCAACGCAGACCUCAAAUGCAUUCGCAGGCUCCAUCAGGAAAGGUAGAUUUCCCACGUCUCCAGCUCAGUCUAGUACAUCUACUUCAACGCAUAUUGUGGGAAAACAUUCAGGAUCAAACCCGGCGCAGAUAGCGGUGCAGGAAGUACCAGUGGGUCAGCCUGCUCCAUCUGCGCCAUCAGCUCAGCCCGUACAAGGUUAUAGCGCUAGCUCUUCACAGCCAGCAACAGUGCCAACGGCUUUGGAGACGCGCGCGAUAGAGACUGCAAGGCCAGUAAUUGGUGUCGAAACAUCAAGCGAUGCGGGAUCAGAGACUGGGUCCGAGUCUUCAAUAAACGAGCCCGAUCCCGAGCCGUCAUCGUGGAGGAAUGUUUUCGGCAAUCCAGGUUUGUGGCUCAACCCAAGUCACGCGCAGAGUACUGGUUUGGGUAACAGUAUGUUGGCUAAGAAAAAGCCCACAACUAGCACUGCGCAGUCCCAUCCGGCGGACACACCAACGACGCGAGUCGCAGAGGAUGGCGCGAAUGGAACAGGAGAAUUUCUACCAGUUCGGACGGAAACGACUCAACCAGCCCAAACGGCAGCUUGGACAGGAUCAACUCAACCACCGCAGACUGAACCACGUCGGUCGGCUCGAGUCGAGCAAUUGCAGCAAGCGAGAACUGAAGCAUCGCAACCAGCUGCGCAGACAGAUCCAUCUCAACCACCAACUCAGACAGAAGCAACGCGUCCCACUGAAUCGCAACAGUCUCUCUCUGCUCAGUUACAGUCGCCUUCCAACCAACAGAAUGCCAUCGUACCCCAGCCUCUCCCAGGGCUGCAUCAGAUAGACAACAAUGAAGAUGAGCUAGCCAUACGCAAUAACGCACGAGUAAAACCCAGAGAAGAGGACUAUGAAAUGACUGGAGGUGCUGGCCCGAGCGGGACCGUGGACGAAUCUGGCAACAAGCCAGUGGCAACAGAGCAAGAAAAACAGGGCGCCGAACGACGCCGUGAGAACCUCCACCAGGAGCAGAUCAGAGCUGAGGGAUCAUGA